AUUUCUCUUCAAUUAGUUCCAUUUAAAAUGUUCAUGGUGUUUUACCGUUAGUGUUUUUUCUCGGCGACCAUGUAUCGGACGCUGUGGCUAAUAAUUUUGGCCACAGUUUGUGAAGCAUUCUACGAUGAAUUCAAUAUGUAUAACUGGGACAAUGAAAGGAUGGAUGAUGAUAGGCGUUCGGGCUUACAUGUACAUUUCAAGAACGAGAGCUUUAAAGAUAGUCUAAGAAGUUUUGCAGACACAUAUCGGCGCCGAAUAGAGAGUGAGAAAGAUAUAUACAUGAGAAAAACUUUCAAGAAAGUUAAACAAAGAAUACUAUCACUUCAAGUGUUUAGAUUCCUAAGUCACUCAGAAGACUUCGAUUCAGCCAGAGCCUUACGACUGCCUUUCCCAGAAGGGUCAAAGUACUGUAUGAUGGGCAGACAAACAAGGACAACCUGCAACUACUGCGCAUGCGUCGCGGGACAACUCUACAUGUGCACUGGAGUGAUCUGUGCCUCGCCUCCUAAAAAGAGAGAUAGAAAAGUUAAAAGAGCGCAGUUGAGAGCAGUGUCCACACAAUCGGGAUGCGUUAAUGGUACAUCGUACAUGGAUGCGGAAGGAUGCAACCACUGCUACUGCAUCAAUAAUCAAGAGUACUGUUCUUUGAAAGACUGCGAGGAAAAUGAAAAUCUGAAUCGAAACACAAAUACGCAAUGUGUUAACGGCACGUCGUACAUGGAUGACGAGGGAUGCAACCACUGCCGCUGCAUCGACAAUAUAGAAUAUUGCACUAUGAGAGACUGCUCAGACCAAACCGGUGUUUGCAUAUCAGGGACAGUGAAAGAAGGCGAGUGUGGCGAAUGUUACUGCGUCAAGGAAACAUGGAUUUGCUCUCCCUGUGAGCAUAAAAAAAAGAAAUAUAACCGGCUCCCAAACAAAAUGAAUAAAAAUAAGUUAAGAGCCAAAUACCCGGAAUGCAACGACCGUGUGCCGGGCGAGUGGUUCAAAGAUGCAGAUGGGUGCAACAAAUGCGUCUGUGUGCAUGGUGAGAUGAUGUGCACUAAGAUGAAGUGUGUAAAAACAGCAAGAUAUGAAAACCACCGAUCAAGGCAAAAUUGCAAAUCUGGAACUACCAAAGAGGUCGCGUGUGGAACAUGUUUCUGCGUCUCCGGACAGUGGAUCUGUCCUAUCUGUGAAAGCCGGGAUACACCUUUAGUAAAUCGCAGUUUGACUAGAAGGAGUCACGACAGACUGUGUAUAGAAGGAGAGAGAUAUAAAACGGAUCCUUGUAAUUACUGUAUAUGUGUCGAUGGGCACGAUAUAUGCACAAAUACAGAUUGUGCAGCCAUUCAAUUGGAUGGCGUUGUUUGCAAUCCCUAUAAAGACAUUAAUCCAAAAAAGGUAGACUGCAACGUUUGCACCUGCAGUAAAGCAACAAAUGUUCUACCAUCCAGAUGGCUUUGGUUUUGCACGAAACGUGAUUGUGAUUCUUACGAAAAAAAUACGAAAAUGCGAAAACCAAACAUAAUGUCGACACCGUGCAAGGAAGGCAAUACCCGUCAAAUAGACAACUGCAACCACUGUACAUGCGAAUAUGGACUCUAUGUUUGUACUAACGAAAUAUGUGAAACAGAAACUACUACUCCAGAUUUUUCAGAUUAUGUUCGACGAAGAAGAAGGAACUGUGAAGCUCGAGAGAGGAAGUAUGUAAAAUGUAACCGAUGUAUAUGCAUGGGUGGACAAUGGUAUUGUACCAAUUAUAAGUGUGCGAAAUCACCAAACAAACUAAAUAACGACGACAUUGAUGAGGAUUUCGAUGACUCCAUGCCCCUCGAGGAAAUUACUGAGCAAGACAAUGAUUCUGAUUUUGUAAUGGACGACGAUAUAUUUUAUAGUGAUUUAUUAAGUAAACCUACACCCCGUCCUCGUAAACGUCGUACUACUACUAAGCGUCGUCGUCCUCCUAUCCACGUUCACCGUGAUUAUACUAAAAAACGUCGUCCUACUAAACCACGUCGCGUUAAACACAGAUAUCGCUAUAGUGAUGAGUAUCUGCCUCAAGCGUACGCUGGUGAGGCGCUACGAACGGAUGGUACAUACCAAAUUAUUGAGGAGGAGGGUAAAAAAUGUGAUGUUGGUGAGAGGUUUAGAUUGGGCGCCUGCAAUUAUUGCUACUGCAAUGAACAUCGCGUCCGAAUAUGUACCAAACACGCCUGCACUUACGAUUCCGAUGUUGAUGCAACAGACUAUCAACCCAAGGAUUACGUAAACAAGCGAUGCCACAUAGGAGAACGAUUCAGGCUAGACAAAUGCAACUAUUGCUACUGCGACGCUCAUCGUAAACUCGUAUGUUCAAAGCAUAGAUGCAGUGGCGCUGGACGUAGUCGUUCCUCUUUGCGUUCACCAUUUGACGAGAACUGUGAAGCAGGACAUGUUCUGGUGGACAGCUGCAUUGUCUGCACCUGUACUGCAAACGGGACAUACGUGUGCGCCGCGGAAGAUAAUGAUGAAUGCGAGCCUCCUGAUAUAACGCAAAGAAUAAAUGUAAAUGAACACUGUGUAGACGGCAGCAAACGACAAAUAGACGCUUGCAACUAUUGCACUUGUAAAGAUGGAGUCGAAUUUUGCAGUCAAAAGCCUUGCUGGAAUAAUAAACCAACUCCCUACAUAUUCCCGGAGCCGGAAUGCGACGAAGACACACCUAUACCCAGCCCUGAUCCCUGCAACACAUGCGUCUGCAUAGAUUCCGACAUACUCUGCACUCGUAAACCCUGCAAACACCACAAUAUAACAUCAGAUUACACAAUAAUAGAUAAACAAAAUUGUGUUAACGGAGAAGUAACUUCAUUGACGGGUGCUUGCAACGUCUGUGUCUGCAUCAAUGGGAAUAUUAUUUGCACUAAAAAACAAUGUUUGGAAGUACUUGAAAGUGGUAUAACAAAAAUCGAAAUGAUCCGAACAUUGCUACGAGCAGGUGAUAUUAAUUCCCAAAUGGCACUGCCGGCGCCAGGGUCCGGCUGCAUCAGAGGCACGAUUUACCAACCUGAAGAUGAGGACCCUGCUUGUGGUAACGUGUGUAUAUGUGAUGGAAACGAAUUGUUUUGUACACGCCGAAAAUGUGACAAAGAAGCAGAUUCUUUAUCACAGUUGAUGCAACGAAGCGGUUGUCUUACCGGGGAGCAGAUCCCCUCCAGUUCCCCUUGCCUCGUCUGCGUGUGUAUGAGGGGCACACCAACUUGUAAAUAUGUAAAAUGCGUUGAGAACAUGGAUUUGGAAAGUGAGGAUGACGACAGUCAAGAUGAGUUUAAUCAACUCAUUCAAGGAUACUUAAGCCCGAGUAGCAAAAGACAAAAAUUGCCGCCGAACAGUACAUUCUGCGAGCCUUUUACGUUCUACAGUCCUGAGGGCAAUAGGUUCUGUAGGAACUGUUUCUGCUUACACGACGGAUUCUCUUUAUGUUUAUUGAACUUGUGCAAGUAUACUAAAGAUGUACCACCGGAGCCCGUCCGUAAGUUUUCCUUUUCUUGAGAGUGUCCCAUUUCUUAUUUAGGAUUUAUAUUAUUA